AUGGCAGCCAAGGGAAAAGCAAUGGCAGAAGCCACCAGUUCUGUUGCCAUUAUUUUUGGUGUUACAGGACUUGUUGGGAGGGAGCUUGUUAAAAGGCUGAUAACCUCCAAAUCAGACUGGAAGGUUUACGGCAUAGCGCGGAGACCUGAAGUCAAUCCCCUCCAUAGUCUUAGAUACCAAUUCAUAUCUUGUGAUUUGCUUGACCCUGUCGAGACCAAGCAAAAGCUCUCUCCUUUGCAAGAUGUGACUCAUAUUUUCUGGAUCACAUGGACAGGCCAACAUUGUUUCGAUAGCCAAGAAUGUUGUCAGCAGAACAAGAAAAUGAUGUCCAAUGCCUUGGAUGCUGUCAUGCCUAAAGCCAAGGCAUUGAAGCAUGUCUCACUCCAGACAGGAAUGAAGCACUAUGUUUCACUUCAAGAUCCUUGGAAUGCGGAGGAAAAUGUUUACUACAGUGAGAAACGGCCGAGGGUUGGAGCUUCCAACUUCUACUAUGUGCUGGAGGAUUUGAUCAAGGAGAGGCUUGCGGUUGAAGGUAAUAAGGUUUCUUGGUCUGUGAUAAGGCCUGGCUUGUUAAUGGGUAGUUCACAUAGGACUUUUUAUAACUUCGUAGGCAGUUUGUGUGUUUAUGGAACUCUAUGUAAGCAUUUGAAUCUCCCUUUUGUGUUUGGAGGGACAAGGGAGCUAUGGGAAGAGGCUUGCAUUGAUGGGUCUGAUGCUCGGCUGGUCGCGGAACAGCACAUUUGGGCAGCUACCAAUGAUGAGAUAUCUUCCAUACAUGGGCAAGCUUUCAAUGCUAUAAAUGGGCCAAGUUUCACCUGGAAGGAGAUCUGGCCAACGCUUGGGAAGAAAUUUGGAGUGGAAGUCCCUAAUGAAAUGUUUGUGACGGAUUUUUGGUAUGCAAAAGCUAUGCGUGACAAAGGAAAGGUGUGGGAAGAGAUUGUAGUGAAACAAGGACUAGUAGUCACAAAAAUGGAAGAUUUGGCUGACUGGGGAUUUCUGGAUGUCCUGUUCCGGUGCCCCAAGAAAAUGCUUGGGAGCCGGGAAAAGGCUGACAGGGCUGGGUUUACUGUGACAUAUAAGACAUCAGAUUCAAUCUUGUAUUGGAUUGAUACCAUGAGAGAUGAGAAACUAGUUCCUUAGAGAUUGGUUUUGACUCACCAUUGUUUUAGGAGAGAACGUCGUGCACUGCACGUUCUGCAUAUGCUGUUUGACUGAACCUUUGAGUUCUAAUCAUCAAACAGAUUGUAGGGGUGGUGGAUGAUUAAAAAAAUAAUGGCAGAUGCCUUGUUCUCUUGACAGAAUCUUCAUCAUUUACUUUCCUCUCAUCAUGUGGUAGUCGGCUACAAUAUAAAUUUGGGUUUUGCUUCCCUGGUACAUCAAUGGCAUUGUCCACCCUCUUGUCCAUAUUCUCUCGAGUCUCAAUAAUAAGCUUAGCACAUACAUGUAUAUGAAAAAUUAUACAAAUCUAAGAAACUGAACUAAGAUUAGCAUAUCAGUGUGCAACAAAAAUGGAAAUCUUAGUUACUCUAUACAGAAAAAGAGUUGGCAAAACAGAUGUUACUAACAGAAUUUUGUUCAACUUUUACAACCAGAAUUUUCUCAUAUUUCUUGCCAUUCUGUAUAUCGACCAUU